AUGGCGACCAAUCGGUCGCCGGAAGAACAAGAUUUACUUGAAAGGAGUACAAGAAGGGCCAAAAGAGGCAGAGCUUCAACGGAUAUCAAUUUCCAGUUUCCCCCCGAUUCAGGUCUAAUGGAGACAUCGGUCGGACAAAGAACAAGCACACCGGACUCCGCCCAAGGAAGAUCUCCGGCUGCGACUCCGAGCAAUCCAUGGAAUCGAAGACCCUCCCAACCGGCUACUGAAGACAAGGCGGACUCGGAUGACGAUGAGAUGGAGGCUAAUGGCAAAACAUACGACUACCCGGUUAUCUUGGUAACCAAAGAAGAGAAGGAGAGACUUCGGCGUCCAUGGCGGCGUUCGCUUAUUUUGCGUGUUCUUGGACGGACAGUCGGCUAUUCCUUUCUUCUACAACGACUGCAGCGUAUGUGGAGAACGGAAGUCGGGUUCGAAUUGAUUGCUCUCACACACGAUUACUUCAUAGCCAAAUUCGAAUACCUAGCAGAUUACGACGCAGCUAAAUAUGGUGGUCCUUGGAUGGUUCUUGACCACUAUUUGGUUACCCAGCAAUGGAGGCCCAACUUUGAUCCAAGGAAUAGCAAGUUAGACAAGCUUCUGGCAUGGAUUUGUUUCCCCUCCCUCCCAAUUGAAUACUUCGACGAUGAUUUCUUGAAGAAGAUUGGGAAAGUUAUCGGCCGGCCAAUCAAAAUCGAUGUCACCUCUGGUUUAGCCUCCAAAGGGAAGUUCGCAAAGGUAUGUGCCGAACUGGACAUAUCCAAGCCUCUCUUGUCAAAUUUCGUAAUCAAUGGUACAGAAUGGCCUAUCGAAUACGAGGGGAUCCACCAGAUUUGCUUCAAAUGUGGAAUCUACAGCCACCGUAUGGAACAUUGCGGGGAAGAUGCAUCUCUCCCUGUCGAUUCUGGUGUUGACGUAACCAUGGCCAAUCCCACACCGGAUCCUGUCACCCCCAUUCUUGCUGAUUUUGAGAACACCUUUAAGGAAGUCCCGCCAGACGAGGUUGAUGAUCCGGCCUUGGAACCAACUCAUGUGGUGGCCAUGCUGGACGAUACUGGUCAAUGUGACCCAAUGUGUUGUCUUGGAAUUGCCAAGGUAUCUGAAAAUAGUCUGGCGCCAUGGGUUAUGUCUGCAGUAUAUGGUAGUCCCAACAUGUCUUUGAGGAAGCGUCUAUUUACAGAUCUGUCAGGACAAUUUUUCCAUCCCCAAGCUCCUUGGCUAACAGUGGGGGAUUUUAACUCUGUUACGAAUAGAGAAGAAGUCAGCAGCACAAGUACUUUCUCUGCUUCGCGUUGCUCCGACUUCAAUGAUUGGAUUUAUAGAGAAGGCCUUAUCGAUCUAGGAUACUCAGGCUCCACAUACACUUGGAUAAGGGGCAUGGAUACACCAUCUUUCAAGGGAGCCAGGCUUGAUCGUGCGCUAUGUAGUACAGAUUGGAGCCUCCUCUUUCCUGGAGCAAAUGUUCGCCACCUACCGAUGCUAGGAUCAGAUCACUCCCCACUCCUCAUAUCCACUGCUAAUGGUUCUCCUCACCAGCGCAUUUCCAGAUUCAAAUUCAAUUUGGCCUGGGCCUCACACUACAGCUUCCAGAGGAAAAAACAUCUCCUAGGCAGAUUAAAGGGUGUCCAGCGAAGCCUCUCAAGAGGACCAAGAUUAGAUCUGCUAAGGCUCAAUCGCAGAUUACGCAAGGAACUAGAUGAAACUCUAUACCAAGAGGAGCUAUCUUGGUUUCAACGCUCACGGGAGGAGUGGAUUAAAUCCGGAGAUCGCAAUACACGCUUCUAUCAACUUGCAACCUCUAUCAAACAAUCUCACUCCAAAAUUCCACACCUUAGAGGCGUGGAUGAUCUGGUUAUCUGCGAGGAUGCUUUGUUACUAAAACACGUCCACGACUUUUAUUUAGACUUAUAUUCAGCAGAUAAUGGGACAUCCUUACAGAACCUCCAACACGGCUGCUUUCCCCACCUCCCGAAUGAAGACUGGCACACGGUUAACCUUCCCAUAUGUGUAGAAGAAGUCAAAACAGCUCUGUUCGAUAUGGCCCCAUGUAAAGCCCCGGGCCCUGAUGGCUUUACAGCAGCUUUUUUCCAAAGGACUUGGUCUUCUACAGGCGGCUGCCUAGUUAAAUUUACAAUGCACUUCUUUGAGCAUGGAAUCUUACCCCCAGGCUGCAAUGAUACUAUUUUGUCACUCAUCCCAAACGUGCAGAACCCGGAAUACAUCAAACAGUUCCGGCCAAUCGGCCUUUGCAACGUUGCUUACAAGCUUAUAACCAAGAUCAUGGCUACCCGGUUAAAAGACAUUGCUGGUAAACUUGUAGGCCCUCAUCAAUCAAGCUUCAUCCAAGGAAGACAGAUAAUCGAUAAUUCUCUAGCCUAUCAAGAAGUACUUAACUCCUUUCGUACUAAGAAGGGUAAAACAGGAUGGAUGGCACUAAAGAUCGAUCUUGAAAAGGCAUUCGAUAGGCUGUCAUGGAGCUUCAUCGAAGACACCCUCAGAGAUAUUGGCUUCAACCAGUCUUGGAUAAGGAACAUAAUGCACUGCAUAACAUCAUCCCGCCUCGCGGUUUUUUGGAAUGGUCACCUGACGGAUUGGUUUGCCCCGGAAAAAGGAAUUAGACAGGGAGACCCUAUUUCCCCUCUCCUAUUCGUUCUAUGUAUUGAAAGGCUUAGUCAUAUUGUCCAAAACUCUGUUAAUCAUGGUACUUGGAAAGGAGUUAGAAUUUCCCACAAUGCACCUAACAUGUCGCAUCUUUUUUUCGCAGAUGACUUAGUCUUUUUUGGGGAGGCCACGAUGCAGCAGGCCUCGGAAAUAUUGAGAUGCCUCGAGCUAUUUUGUUCAUGUUCCGGCCAGAAAAUCAACAAUACCAAAUCAUCCCUCUUCUUUUCAAAGAACGUGGAUCCCAGCAUCAGUCAACAGAUUUCGCAGGCUUUAGGAAUCUCCACUGUUCCAGAUAUGGGCAUCCAUUUGGGACUGCCCACAAUCCAUGGCAGAUUUAACAAGGAUUUAUUCAAAGGCAUUUUGGAGAAGAUCCAAAAUCGGCUUGCAGGAUGGAAGUCAAAAACUCUGUCAUUAGCCGGCCGCCACAUCAUGAUCCAAUCAGUCCUGACUGCUAUUCCUUAUUAUUCUAUGCAGACUAUGCCAUUCCCGUUAGGUGUGAUCGAAGCCAUAGAAAAGAUCAUACGUAGCUUUCUUUGGGGCGCUAAGGACGGCAUCAGAAAAUGUUACUUAGUCAACUGGGACACUGUCACAAAACGUAAGGAUAAUGGUGGUCUUGGUAUCAAAAACCUCAAACACAUGAAUUUGGCUUUCUUAGCAAAGCUUGCCUGGAGACUCUAUCAAGACGAAGAUUGCCUAUGGAUCAAACUCUUCAAAGCUAGGUAUGGUUUAGUUCCCACUGACUGGACCUCUUGGCUCCCACAUACCAACAGUUCUAUUGCUUGGAGAUGCAUUCUCCAAUCCCUGCCAUUUGUUCGCAAGGGGUUAAAGUGGCACGUAAGAAAUGGAGUCUCAACCCGCUUUUGGCUAGACAUAUGGCUUGAUGACCGUCCGCUACUUGAAUGUAUUACUGCCCAAAUAGCGCCCUCAUCUCUGAACAAUUAUGUGACAGAUUACUGGAUUCCAGAUGAAGGUUGGAAUUGGGAUCUGUUAGACCAGCUUCUUCCUGUAAGUCUACUAAACAAACUCUCUACAUUCAUUCUCCAGCAAGACUCCCUCUUGAAUGAUCAAAUAGUUUGGCAUAAGGAACCCAAUGGCUCCUUCUCAGUCAGCUCUGCUUACGACACUAUCUCCAAUCCUCCAAUUGAUGUUGAAGCAUCCAGAUGGAAUGCCAUUUGGAAGCUUAAGAUUCCUAGCCGCAUUUGCUUUUUCUUAUGGCUUGUCAGGCACAACAAGAUCAUGACCAAUCUCUGCCGCACACAACGCAAGCUCACAAACGACGAUUCCUGCUGGACUUGCGUAGGAACACCCGAGGAUACUAAUCACGUUCUUCGCUUUUGUCCGGCGGCCGAAGCUAUUUGGACAGCCAUCCUCCCUGAGUUUCACGAUAAAACGAAGCACCUCCCCCUUGUUCCUUGGCUCGAUAAAGGUGUUGCAGCCAAAGGAAAUGGUAGAAGACCAGUAAGCGACAACAUCACCUUCGCUGUCACUCUAUGGUGGGUAUGGAAAUGGCGAAAUGAAGCUAUCUUCAAGAACUUAGUCAAGCCACUAAGCGUCAAAGUCCAGCAAAUCAGAACCCACAUAGAAGAUAUCAACAAUUCCUUUGCUAGAUGCAUGAACCCUAUACCCACAGUUGAUCAGUCCUGGAAAAUGCUUACUUGGAAGAAGCCUCCACCAGGUACACUCAAAUUAAAUAUUGAUGGUUCGGUUGCACCUCUCUCCCUUACAGCAGGCUGUGGUGGCGUAAUAAGAAACUCUUCUGGUGAAUGGAUUACCGGCUUCAUUGCCAAGCUUGGCACUUGUACUCCCCUCGAAGCGGAAGCCUGGUCCAUCUUAAAAGGGAUUCAGUUUGCUAUUGCGAAAGGAUACUCUAAUGUCCUAAUAGAAAGUGACUCCAGCGACGUCGUCAACUUCCUGCAAGACUCAAGACCCUCUUGUAUAGCUGCCCACAACAUCUUAGAGGCCUGCAAAAAAGAGCUCCGACGCCUCAACCAUUGGCAAGUUUCUGCCAUCAACCGCGAGCAAAAUUAUGUAGCUGAUGCUCUUGCAAAAAUGGCUAUCAACCACGACUUUGGACUCCUCUCCUUGACAGAUCCCCCUGACGAAAUUACAACUUUACUAGAUAAUGACAGGGAUAGUCUACCAGUUUGGCGUAUCACAAUGAACUCUUUGUAA